GUGGAGAAAUACUAUCCCAAAAGCAACCAACACAUUUCUCUCUUUUUCUCUGUCUCUCCACUCCAUGGACUUGCAACUGAAGCAAUGGAGAAGUCAGCAGCAGAAUGAGUCAAAAGAACAAAGCUAUGCAACUAAGAUGUUCAACUCUUUCUCCCAUCAGAUUCAAUCUCAGACUGCAACUUCUGCUACUGCUCUACCUCUCUUUGUCCCUGAACCCACCACUUCUUCAUCCUUCUCAUGUUUCUCUCCUGAUUCUUCCUCGUCUAGGCUGCUCAAGAUGGGAAACUUGUUUAGCUUGGCACAGUGGCAAGAACUUGAGCUACAAGCACUGAUAUACAGAUACAUGUUGGCUGGUGCUUCUGUUCCUCAAGAGCUCCUCUUACCCAUCAAGAAAAGUCUCUUCCAUCAAUCUCAUUUGAACUUCCUUCACUAUCCUCUGCAACAUAACUUCCCCCAUCACCAACCCUGGUACUGGGGAAGAGGAGCAGUGGAUCCUGAGCCAGGGAGGUGCAAGAGAACGGACGGGAAGAAAUGGAGAUGUUCGAGGAAUGUUGUAGGCAGUUACAAGUAUUGCGACCGCCAUAUCCACCGUGGUCGAAACCGUUCAAGAAAGCCUGUGGAAACCACCACAAAUGCUGCCACAAAUGCCGCAUCUUCUUUUGCCUUAGGCGAGAAGCUUGGUCAGGGACCAGACAAUCUUUUCUUCUCCUCUAGCUCUUCUCAUUCUUCAACUCAGCAUCUCCACCUUAAUAGUCAUCAAAGUUGUUCUUCAGAUAUGAAACAAGAAAGCAACAACAACAAGAGGCCAUAUGAAGCUCACAAUGGAAGAACAAACGAUGGUCACAUCCUGAGGCAUUUCUUUGAGGAUUGGCCACAAUCAUCAGACUCCACCUCACGUCCAAUGAGCUCAUCGACUUGUCAUCUUUCCAUCUCCAUGCCCACUAACGCUUCAUCAGAUGUUUCUCUAAAACUUUCCACAUGCAAUGAAGAAGAAGAAGAAGUAAACAUGAGAAACAACAACAACAAUGAGAAGGAGCAUCAACAAAGCAUGAUUUGCUGGAGCAGUGGAGAGAACCACCACAAUAUGGGUGGACCAUUGGCUGAAGCCUUGAGAUCAGCCUCUCCGACUUCCAGUCUUCUUCAUCAGAUGGGAAUCUCAACUCAAGUCUUUUCAUUGAAGAAAAUGUUAUAAAUUAUCAGACCAAGUCCUCUUCAGCACCUUUGAGUGUGCCUUUCUGCAGAUGUGGUUCUAUGAAUUAUUUCCUAUUUCGAUGCAGAAAUAUAUGUCUUUGUAUAAGAAAUGGAACUUAGUUUUACAAUCAAGAUUAGUAUCAUCCUCUACAAGUAUCAUGAA